UGUGACUGUCUUUUGGUGGACGACCGAAUUAUUGCCAUCAAUAACAACUACACAAGCAAACUAAGACACGAAGACAAUGUUCGCUUAGCCAAAGCAGCCGGUCCGUGGAUUCGAAUGGAAUUAGAGUACGAAUUGCCGGAACUACCCCCAGCCGGAUGUACUGUGAAACACAUGCUAGUGGAAUUGGAGACUCGUGGCGAAGGAACAGGUUUGGUCCUACGGGGCGGUUGGAAUCGCCUCCCAUCGCACAUUCGACCACUGACUGUGAUGCAUAUACGGGAAAAUAGCAUAUCAGCCUGACUCAUAGAACACUUCGGGAUUCGAACUCUGGAAGUGUUGCAUGAACACCGCGUGCCUUACAACUGUUCGAAUCAACUCACUUCGGGGCUGACUGGAAUUACCGGCUUGUCCACUUGUCUUUCUGUUGUGGUUAGCUCGACAGAAACAGAGGAAAACACCGCUUAG